UCGUGUGGCAACCCUGAAUGUGCGGCCGUUAUGUUCACUGUUGUAGUUUGUUUCUGUUUUGAUAAAUAUAGGUUACAUGGUUAUUAAACUCUUUACGUAUAUUGCAAUUCGAUGAUUUAUUAAAUAUUUGAUUUCAGUAUAAUAUAGAUACGGUAUUAUAAUGUUUCAUAAAAUUUUAAUUUUUAUUCAAGUUUGAAUAUGGAAUGGAGCUGCAAAACAGCUAGAAAAGUCAAGUAAAUUUAGUAUAAGGAUAUUUUGAAAGUUUUGCACAAAUUUUCCACAAUGCAUCGUCGUGGAGGAAAAAGAAUUCGUAUGGAUGAACCUCCUCCUGAAUACGAAAACCCUAUGACUCCGCAAGUUGAACAUGAAGGUUAUGCGAACUAUUCUCAAUCAAAUAUCUAUGGAAAUGUUUUCAACGAUCAAGGACAGCCUGCGGAUGACUUUGAGUCUCCUCCUACUCCAGGCAUGAGAAGAGUUACAAGAAGUAAAGCAAGAGGGUUGAAUAACCCACCAGCUCCAAUUAUCGCUCCUUCUAGCUCUCCAACAAGCACUGGAAAUACAGGCAGGGGUAGAGGUAGAGGGAGACCUCCUGGAAGAAAAAAUACAAUUGGUGAAAUUCUGCACAGUGAUAAUGACGAGAGUUCUUUAUAUCACAUAAUUAAGAAUAGUAAGGUUUCAUUGACACACAUAGUGGAUGAUUGGAUAGAGAGCUACAAAAUUAAUCGUGAAGCUGCAUUGAUUUCGUUAAUGCAAUUUUUUAUCAAUGCAGCAGGUUGUAAAGGAUGCAUUACUCAAGAAAUGCAAACUUCCAUGGAACAUGCUGCUAUUAUUCGCAAAAUGACUGAAGAAUUUGAUGAAGAAAGUGGUGAAUAUCCUUUGAUAAUGGCAGGCCAAACUUGGAAGAAAUUCAGACAGAAUUUUUGUGAUUUUGUUCAAACAUUAGUGAAACAAUGCCAGUACACUAUUAUUUAUGAUCAAUUUUUAAUGGAUAAUGUUAUUUCUCUUCUAACAGGAUUGUCAGAUUCACAGGUUCGAGCUUUUCGUCAUACUGCUACUUUUGGUGCAAUGAAACUGAUGACUGCUUUGGUAGAUGUUGCUUUGACUGUCUCCGUCAAUUUAGAUAAUACCCAGCGUCAAUAUGAAGCUGAACGUCAAAAAACACGUGAGAAAAGGGCAAGCGAUCGUCUAGAAGCACUCUUAGGUAAAAGGCAGGAACUGGAAGAGAACAUGGAUGAGAUUAAAAAUAUGCUGACUUAUAUGUUCAAAUCUGUUUUUGUACAUAGGUAUCGAGAUACUUUGCCCGAAAUAAGAGCAAUUGCAAUGACAGAAAUUGGUGUUUGGAUGCUCAAAUUUCAUGCAAAUUUCCUGGAUGAUUCUUAUUUGAAAUAUAUUGGUUGGACUCUCCAUGAUAAGGUUGGUGAAGUACGUCUGAGAUGUUUACAGGCACUUCAACCUCUAUAUGCUAGUGAAGAGCUGAAAGGAAAAUUAGAACUCUUCACAAAUAAAUUCAAGGAUCGUAUUGUCGCUAUGACUCUCGACAAAGAAUAUGAUGUUGCCGUGCAGGCAGUCAAAUUGGUUAUUUCCAUAUUGAAGCAUCACCAUGAAAUUCUCACUGAUAAGGAUUGUGAACAUGUAUACGAAUUGGUUUACUCAUCCCAUAGAGCAGUAGCACAAGCUGCUGGGGAGUUCUUGAAUGAACGCUUGUUUCAACCUUGUGAUUUUGAUGCUGGUAAGACAAAAAGAGGAAAACGCCGAUUGCCCAACACUCCAUUUAUUCGCGAUUUGGUGCAGUUUUUCAUAGAAUCUGAGUUACAUGAGCAUGCUGCGUAUCUUGUGGACUCUCUCAUUGAGUCUAAUGUGAUGAUGAAGGAUUGGGAAUGCAUGACCGAUUUGUUACUAGAAGAACCAGGGCCUCAUGAAGAACCACUGGACAACAGGCAAGAAACUAGUUUAAUUGAGAUCAUGGUAUGCUGUGUCAAACAGGCGGCGACAGGAGAGGCUCCUGUUGGCAGAGGACCCACAAGGAAGAUUUCUUCAUUGAGAGAAAUGAAGCAGGCAGGUGAAGAUAAGCAGAAACUCACAGAACAUUUUAUAGUGACUCUACCACCACUGUUAGAUAAAUUUUCAGCCGAUCCAGAGAAGUUGGCUAACUUACUGAGCAUUCCUCAAUAUUUUGACCUCGAUCUUUACACAAGUGGAAGGCAAGAAAGCUCACUGCAAGCUCUAUUAGCUAAAUUGAAGUAUAUUGUUCAAGUUCAUCAUGAACCAGAGGUCUUGGAAACGUUGGCUAAGACUCUAGAGAUCCUCUGUACCGAAGGACACUCGAUUUAUACACGGUGUGAUGUGGCUAGAUCUACCAUAGUUGAUAUGAUUGUUGCUGCCUACAAGGAGGCUAUCGAUGAUUGGAGGAAUUUGUUAUUAGGAGAAGAAACGCCAAAUGAUGACGAAGUUUUCAAUGUAGUCAGUACACUGAAAAAAGUAUCUAUGUUCUAUGCCUGCCACAAUUUGAAUAGCUGGAAUUUGUGGAAUACCCUAUUUCAGGAUGUGAAGGAUAUUGAAAGCACCCUACCCCAAGAGGCUCUUAAAUAUUGCCUCAGUUCCUGCUACUACCAUGUCCUUUGGGGUCUUCGAGACCUUGAGGUUGCUGUUGAAGGUGGCGGUCUCACCCAUGCAGACUAUCAAAACAUGCGGGAAACACUGAAUGACUUCCUUGAAGCGUCUCAGAUGUUGAUUCGUUCUUCUCCAUAUGUACUUAUCAAAGAAGAGUCUUACGUUGGCCUGUGCGAUCUGUUGAUUGUUUUCAGUGAACAAUUGCAGGGUUCCACACCAGCUCUGUCAGAAUUAAUUUGUAGGCCAGACAGAAAUCUGCAAGCAUUGCUGAAUGAAUUUGUACAGACUUAUGUUUUUGUUCCGGAACAAGAUUCUGAACAUGACGAACUAAGGAUUGAAGAGUUACAUAAACGCCGUAACUUCCUUGCAGCCUAUUGCAAACUCAUAGUCUAUAACAUCAUGCCUACCAAAGCAGGUGCUGAUGUUUUCAAGCACUAUGUCAAGUAUUACAACGAAUAUGGAGAUAUCAUCAAAGCAACAUUAAGUAAGGCGAGAGAGAUCAAUAAAGUGAACUGUGCCCUGACAAUGUGUCUCAGCUUGAAUAUGAUGUUUAAUGAAGUACACCAAGUAUCUGGCGGUAGGAAUACAAGGCAGCACGAGGAGUUCUUUGCUCUGAAGGAACUGGCUAAGAGGUUUGCCUUAUCUUUUGGUCUGGAUGCUGUGAAAAAUCGGGAGGCAAUAACUGCCUUACAUAGAGCAGGUAUCAUAUUUGCAGUGACAAGUUCUGAAAAUACAAUGGAGGAUCCCACCGGACCCCCUCCAAACUUGUCGUUCCUCGAAAUACUGACGGAGUUCACCAACAAACUGCUGAAACAAGACAAAAGAGUCGUUAUGGGAUUUUUAGAUAAGAGAAUUGGAACAGGCAUGCCAAGCAGUAGGGGAGAAGAUUGGCAACCAUUAUUACUUUAUCGAAACUCGCUGCUCCAUGGAGAAACAGAUCAGCUGCCAACAACCAGUAAGAGGGCCUAUGGAAGAAAGAGGCCUAAGUCACCCGAUUCUGAUCAAGACCAGAACGACGAUUUAUCAGAUCAGGAAUUCCCAGGCAACUUGUAUGGAUAAAAUGUAGUUAAAACAGUGUUGUAAUGUGGUGAAAUAUCAUAAGUUGAACAUUGGAAAAUACUGAUAUGAUGUGUUGUGAAAUUAUAAAGAAGAUUUUGUAAUAGUACCUAUUUGUUAGUACAUACUUUUUCCAUUGAUUUCUUCAAGUGAAAGUUCUAGUUCUUUAUCAAUCAUUUUAAAUUAUAAGUGAACACAUAUUCAAAUAAACUAUUGAUUAUGAA